AACAAGUAUUUUGAUACGGGCGCGUGUGGAAGCAGCACUGAUGAGUCGUAUCUUGUGCCGUGGAGUGCUCUCUCUUCGUGUUAUCUCAGCACCGAUGGCUCGAAACGCUAGUUACCUUAUUGAGGACCCUAAGUAUUCCUUCUUGAAGGAUUUGGGCUUGGAGAAGAAAAAUGUGGGUGUGUUCAACGGGAAAUGGCAGGCCAAUGGGCAAGUAAUCCAAUCCUUCAGCCCAGCCAACGGCAAGGUCAUAGCCGAAGUCCAGGCGGCCAGCCCAACUGACUACGAGUCCUGUGCCGCGGCAGCGCAGGAGGCCUGGCGCGAAUGGGCGGAGCUCCCGGCGCCGGCGCGAGGGGAAGUGGUCCGGCAGAUCGGAGACGCGUUGAGGGAAAAACUGCAGCCAUUGGGGCAGCUGGUGUCACUUGAAAUGGGUAAAAUCCUACCUGAGGCCAUCGGCGAAGUAGUGGAGUACAUCCACGUAUGCGACCUGGCUUUGGGCCUGUCCCGCUCUUUGCCCGGCACCAUCCUGCCUUCAGAACGUCCUGGUCACGUGCUCAUCGAGAAAUGGAACCCGCUGGGAGCUAUUGGCAUUAUCACCGCCUUCAACUUCCCUGUAGCCGUGUUUGGUUGGAACAGCGCCAUUGCUAUGGUUUGCGGCGACACAAGCGUAUGGAAGCCCUCAGACACGACUCCUUUGAUCGCGGUCGCCGUCACCAAGAUCGUGGAGGGCGUUCUGGUCAAGAACAACAUCCCUGGCGCCGUCGCCUCGCUGUGCGUUGGCGGUAAAGAUGUGGGGCAACAGCUGGUCAAGGACCCGAGGAUGAAGCUGGUCUCCUUCACUGGCAGCACUGCCGUUGGACAACAGGUCGGAGUAGAAGUGCAGAAGCGCUUCGGGCGCCACCUGCUCGAGCUGGGCGGCAACAACGCCAUCAUCGUCAACGAGGACGCCAACCUCGACCUGCUCCUGCAAGCCGCGCUGUUCGCGUGCGCCGGCACCGCGGGCCAACGCUGCACCACCACCCGCAGGCUGCUGCUGCACAAGAAGGUGUACAGCGAAGUCGUAUCCCGCCUAACCAAGGCCUUCACCGGCGUAGUGAGCAAGAUCGGCGACCCCCUACUGCCAGAAACCCUCAUCGGACCCCUACACACGCCGGCGGCCGUCGAAGCUUAUAAGAAGACGGUUGCUGAAAUCGUUAAGGCGGGCGGCAAGAUUGAGUUUGGUGGAAAGGUGAUCGAGCGUGAAGGCUACUUCGUGGAGCCCACCAUCGUCACAGGCCUGCCCCACGACCACAAGCUCGUCCACACCGAAUGCUUCGCGCCCAUCGUCUACUGCCUCGAGAUCCCGGACUUGACUACUGGCAUCGCGUACAACAAUGAAGUUGAACAAGGGCUGUCCUCGAGUUUGUUCACCGAAAGCUUAGCGGAUAUCUUCAAGUGGAUCGGCCCUGGAGGCUCUGACUGCGGCAUCGUGAACGUGAACAUCCCGACGAACGGCGCGGAGGUGGGCGGCGCGUUCGGCGGCGAGAAGGCGACGGGCGGCGGCCGCGAGUGCGGCUCCGACAGCUGGAAGAGCUACAUGCGCCGCUCCACCGUCACCAUCAACUACUCGGGCGCCAUUAAGCUGGCGCAGAAUAUUAAGUUUGGUGAUGAAUAACACAUACAUAGACUAGGAA